GUUACAUGACGGAGCGAUGCGAUAAAAGAGGGAAAGAAGGCGUUGUUCUACACGCCCGCGAGCCGCCCGCCCGGGUCUUUUGUGUGUCAGAGCCGUUGUGGGCGCUCUGGUCAGCCCCGGUGCGGGACCGUCGGGAGCCCCUCUGCUCAUACACGGGGCUUGGCUCUGGUGGAAGCUUUGAGGGAAUUUCUCUUGCCAGGGGAAAAAAGCAGUCGUUGAGCAAUGGGAAAUGUGGAGAGAAAUCUGAGGAGCACAGCAAUGGAACAUAAAUGAAAACUGGUUAGAUGCGUGUGGCUACCCUAUGAUAAGGAAUAAUAAACUUACGAGAAAACACUGCAACGUCAUUAGGGAUGAAACAAAUUCAGAAAGGUAACAAUAUCAAAUAUCAAUUAAAAAUAAUUGGAAGCAAGGUAUUUUGCUACCAUGAGUGAUGCGCUGCGUACAUCUCUGCUUUUGAAAACAUUUGGCAGAGGGAGUCCUUCGUGAGUGAAACCGCAAGAAGCUCCAUACUCCUGCAUGGUUGAAAUCCUGAGAAGUGUCAGCUGAGCAGUGCAGCAGGAGCCAUGUCUCUGCCUUUCCGAAAAGAGCUGGAGAAAUACAAGAAUAUCAAUGAAGACGAAAUACUCAGCAAACUCUCGGAGGAUGAACUGAAACAGCUAGAGCAUGUUCUUGACGACCUUGAUCCUGAGAACGCCUUGCUUCCAGCCGGAUUUCGGCAGAAGGACCAGACCACUAAAUCCGCCACGGGUCCCUUCGACAGAGAACGCCUGCUUUCGUACUUGGAGAAGCAAGCGCUUGAGCACAAGGACAGGGAAGACUUUGUGCCAUUUACAGGGGAGAAGAAAGGAAAAAUAUUUAUCCCUAAAGAAAAGCCCAUAGAAACUCGUACAGAAGAGAAAGUGACCCUGGAUCCAGAACUAGAAGAAGCCCUGGCCAGCGCCUCAGACACCGAGCUCUACGACCUUGCAGCUGUUCUUGGAGUGCACAACAUGGUCAACAACCCUAAAUUCGAUGAAGGAGGAGCCCGCAGUAAAGAUGGAAAAGAAAUUGUGAGAAAUGUGGUCAAAGGUGAAAAGGUCAAGCCCAUUUUUGAGGAGCCACCUAAUCCCACCAACGUGGAAGCAAGUUUACAAAGGAUAAAAGCAAAUGAUCCUAGUCUCACAGAAAUUAACCUGAACAACAUAAAGAACAUCCCUAUUCCAACACUGAAAGAAUUUGCAAAAGCUUUGGAAAGCAACACACACGUGAAGACAUUCAGCCUUGCAGCUACUCGAAGCAAUGACCCCGUAGCUAUUGCAUUUGCAGAUAUGCUGAAAGUGAACAAAACAUUGAAGAGUCUGAAUGUAGAAUCCAAUUUCAUCACUGGGACCGGUAUUUUGGCACUGAUUGAUGCACUGAAGGAGAACGAAUCCCUGACAGAGAUCAAAAUUGACAACCAGAGGCAGCAGCUGGGGACGGCUGUAGAGAUGGAGAUUGCCAAGAUGCUGGAGGAGAACUCCAAGAUUCUCAAGUUUGGGUACCAGUUCACAAAGCAGGGCCCAAGAACCAGGGUAGCAGCAGCGAUCACUAAAAACAACGAUCUAGUUCGCAAGAAGCGAGUGGAGGCAGAGCGGCAGUAGCCACGCCACGGCCGAUGCAAGGCAAGACCGGAGCCUGCCAGCAGCUGCACUCUCAGAGCGUUCACUGGUCAGAAGGCAAGACACUGGAAAACCAUUGCAAUGGGAGUUGCUUGUUUCUGUUAAUGUUUCCUCUUAACCUUGAAAAUGCAACCUGAUCACUUUUAACUUCCAUAGUUAAUUUAAUUCUUAUGAAAGAUUAAUAGUUGGUUUGAAUUUAAUGAAAGUUUCACAAUAUCUGAAACCAAUAUGCAGAAUCUUAACUGUGUUACUGAGCAUAACGUAUAGUGACAUUGACCCUUACUUUAGACACUUCCAUGUGUUAAAAUAUGAUCUCAUGUAUGGAUAAGGGAUCCUCUGCUGAAAAUAGAAACUUUAGGGCCAAGUCCUGCAAUGCCUUAUGUUUGCAAAUAAUCAAUCCUUACUUCUGUGUGUACAGUCCUGCUGAACUGAGUCCUGCAAUGUGAUGCUCCUAGGAGUAGAACUAGUAACGCCACCACAGGUUUGUGGGGUCUCACCCCAAGCCCCUCUCCUGCAGCAGGACCUGGGCAGGGGGACGGUGCCGAACAGCACCCUGCUGCAGGGCUUCACGCGUCCCGGUCCAAGUGAAGGAUCACACCGAGGUAUACCAACGUUGUCAAAGCAUACUUGUUUACAUAAGCUUAGGUGGAUCGUUUUACAAUGUUACACUGGCAUUUGCUAUCUUUACCCCAGAGAGUAAAGUAAUGGUAGUGCUGCCAAUC